AUGCUCAUCACUCCACUCUCAAAGAGUCGAGACACGAUCCUGUCUCUCUCUCUCAUUCAGGAAUUGUUGAAACACCCAGGAUCAAAUCCUCAGGGCAUAGCUGUGCCACCAGUUGAAGGUGUUGCUGGAGGAGGAACAGCAUAUGGAUGGAAUGAUGGUGGUGGUGUACAUUUUUUAAACUCCUCACUUAAAGGAUCGAUUGAUCCCUCUGAGGUUCCAACUUCAGAUUUAGUGCAUGUUUGGUGUAUGCCUAGCACUGCAAACGUCGGACCGCAAGAGAUGCCUAGACAUCUAGAGCCUAUAAAUCUUCUGGCAGCUAGAAAUGAGAGAGAAAGUAUUCAAAUUGCUAUACGUCCAAAAGCUACUUGGGGUGGUCCUGGGAAUGUAGGGACUGUGCAGGUUCAGUGUACCGACUUAACCUCCACAUCUGGCGAUCGGUUGGUUGUUGGACAAUCCAUAACAUUGCGGAGAGUGGUUCCUGUAUUAGGUGUCCCAGAUGCUCUUGUGCCUCUAGAUCUUCCUGCUAGUCAAAUAAGCUUAGCUCCUGGAGAAACAACUGCACUUUGGGUUUCCGUAGAUGUUCCAAGUGCACAGCCACCGGGUCAAUACGAAGGGGAGUUCUUCAUCACUGCUGUAAAAGCAGAGGCAGAAUCUCCAUCACAACGCUUGGGAAAAGCUGACAGGUAUCAACUGUACAUGGAACUUAGAAACUGUCUUGACAUCAUGGAGCCUGUAGGAGGAAAACCAUUGGAUGAAGUGGUAGAAAGAGCCAAAUCUGUGACUACAUCUUUAAGAAGAGUUCUUCUAUCUCCAGUAUUUUCUGAGUUCUUUUCAGAUAAUGGACCAGUUGAUAUGAUGGACGAAGAUGCUAUUUCAAACCUAUCAGUUCGUGUCAAGCUAAACUUGACUGUUUGGGACUUCAUACUUCCAGCAACUCCUUCACUUCCUGCUGUAUUUGGUAUAUCUGAUACCGUAAUUGAAGAUCGUUUUGGUGUUGAACAUGGAAGUGAUGAUUGGUAUGAGGCCCUAGAACAACAUUUCAAGUGGCUUCUUCAAUAUAGAAUCAGCCCAUAUUUUUGCAGAUGGGGUGGCAACAUGCGUGUUUUGACAUACACCUGCCCAUGGCCAGCUGGUCAUCCUAAAUCAGAUGCGUAUUUUUCAGACCCAAGAUUAGCAGCAUAUGCUGUACCAUAUAGUCAACCAGUUCCUGGUAAUGAUGCAGAAAAGGACUACUUGCAGAAAGAAAUUGAGAUCUUGAGGACAAAGGCUCAUUGGAAGAAAGCCUAUUUUUACUUGUGGGAUGAGCCUUUGAAUUUGGAACAAUAUGAUAUGGUCCGCAACAUGGCCAGUGAGAUCCAUACUUAUGCUCCUGAUGCACGUGUGCUAACGACUUACUAUUGCGGACCAAGCGAUGCACCACUCGGGCCUACUCCUUUUGAGGCUUUUGUGAAAGUUCCAAAGUUUCUGCGCCCUCAUACUCAAAUUUAUUGUACAAGUGAGUGGGUGCUUGGUAAUCGAGAGGAUCUGGCCAAGGAAAUUGUCGCUGAAUUGCAGCCCGAGAAUGGUGAGGAAUGGUGGACAUAUGUGUGUUUGGGACCCUCUGACCCUCAACCCAAUUGGCACAUUGGGAUGCGUGGCACUCAACACCGUGCUGUGUUGUGGCGUGUAUGGAAAGAAGGUGGAAUGGGGUUUUUGUACUGGGGUGCCAACUGCUAUGAGAAGGCUACAGUUCCUAGUGCAGAGAUAAGAUUUAGGCGUGGCCUACCUCCAGGUGAUGGAGUUUUAUACUAUCCAGGCCAGGUGUUCUCAUCUUCUCACCAGCCAGUUGCUUCUGUUAGACUAGAGCGCAUACGUAGUGGCUUGCAGGACUUUGAGUACCUGCAGCUCUAUACUUCAAGAUAUGGAAGGGAUGAAGGGUUAGCUCUACUGGAAAAGACGGGCAUGUAUCUAGGUCCUGAGCGUUAUACGCUAGAGCACAUGCCAAUUGAUGUCUUGCGGGAACCAUUGCAUCUUAUUGCUCUAGGAUUCUCCUGGCAUGACCUUAGCUUAUCAGCACCUGGCAUUGCCUUUCCAUAUGACCCGGAGCACCAAGCUUUUUAUACCACUGUUGAGGUUCCUUUGGGUUUUGGAGACGAGGAUUAA